AUGGGUAAUGUUAGUGGUAGAGAAGUAAAGAGUAAAGAGUUUGAUCAAGCUGAUUACUACAUGGAAUGUGGCCAUCGACCGGCGCAAGUUAACAGUAACAACUGCUAUCCUACGCAUAUGCUUCACCCCCCUAGGGCUUCUCAGUUCCCCAUGGCUAUCGCUCCUCAGAGUCAAAGAGGCGAAUUCAACCCAGAUAACAACAUAAGCAUACCAGCAGUAAUCGAUUGGACUCAUGGUGGAAAGCAUGUUGCAAUUGAAGGAUCAUGGGAUAACUGGAAGACGAGGGAGUUAUUAGAAGGUUCAGGCACUCAUUUCUCAAUUCUUAAGGUGCUAAAUUCUGGUGUUUACCAUUAUCGUUUUAUCGUUGAUGGGGAAUGGACUUAUUCUCCUGAUUUACCACACGAAAGUGAUGAGUUUGGGAAUAUUUACAAUGUUUUGGACUUAAAGGGUUAUUACAAUGAAAACGUGGUGAGCGAUCAAGAAACCGAAUACCCUUCUUCCCCAAUCUCAAGCUACAACAAUGCAUCCUUCACUUUAGAUGAUUAUAGUGAGAAAUUACCCGAAAUGCCCCCGCUAUUACAACAUAUGCCUUUGAAUCAAGCAUCUUUUUCCAAGAACUAUGAAGGGGUUUUUCAGAAACCUUUAUCAGCCAAUUUGGACCAUUUGUAUAUUAAGAGAGAUGAUAGCAGUCAACCCGUUGUUGCUCUGAGUUCUUCCCAACGAUUUCGGUCAAAAUUUGUGACAACGGUGCUUUACAAACCAUUUAAAAAAGCAAGAAAGUAA